AUGGGUUUCAAGACUGUCUUCAUUGCCACGGCUGCGGCCACGGCUGCCUUUGCUGCGCCCAUCAACGAUCACGUCCGACGAGGAAACCUUCCAACGCCCGUGUCCGCUUCCACUGCUCGAUCGUAUCUCAACUCGAUCACUGUCGCAGCCGAGUCCAACAGCCCAGCCUAUGAGCGUGAUUACUUCAAGACGUGGAUCACCAUCGACGGAAGCUGCAACACCCGCGAAUAUGUGCUGAAGCGUGACGGCUCGAACGUUGUGACGAACAGUGCCUGCACGGCGACGUCUGGUACCUGGUACUCGGACUACGACGGUGAAACUUGGACUGCCGCCUCCGACGUCGACAUUGAUCACAUCGUCCCAUUGAAGGAGGCUUGGGUUUCUGGUGCCAAGGACUGGACUGCCAGCCAGCGUGAGGCGUUCGCAAAUGAUGUUACUCGUCCGCAACUUCUCUCCGUCACCGACAAUGUCAACCAGUCCAAGGGUGAUCAAGACGUGGCAGAGUGGCUUCCACCACGCGAGGCCUACCAGUGCGAAUAUGUUCGUGCCUAUGUGCAAGUGAAGCACUACUAUGGCCUGAGCAUGGACAGUGCCGAGAAGCAGGCUGCACAGGAUGUUCUGGACGGAUGUUAA